GGACGUGAAAAGAUAAUUUCACGUCGGACGUGAAAAUAGCCACUUUGUAAAUUAUUUUAUUUACACCUAUUAUUAGUGUUAAUCAGUAUUAAUAUUAAUUUUAACCUUUCAUUUAUAAAUUUGAAUUCUAAUUUCUGCCUAUUUUUAUGUUUAUCCUAUUGUUAUAAUCACAGUUUAAAUUCUUUAUUAAUACGAUUUCAUAAAUAUAAAUUAAAUUAAAAUGUUAUAAGCACUAAACAAAAGAUCUGUUCUUAGUGUUAAUAAAAAUAUUAGAUUUGUCAUAAUGUCUUCCUUUAUGAAGCGCCAGAACAUUUUACAACUAAUGAGAGAUCGAGAAUUAAAUGUAAUUUUGUUUGUAUUUAUGUAUUCUUGAUUUAAUUAAGUUCAAUAUUUUAAUUGUUUGUUAUAUUAAACAUGACUAGGAUCACAUUCGUUACAAAUAUGCAUUAAAGGAUACAAUAAGUAACAAAUGUAUUUCAAGACUCGGAAUGCUAGCUGAGUUAGAAGGACAUCGGGGCUGUGUUAAUUGUUUACAAUGGAAUGAACGUGGAAGGUACUAUUACUGUUUACUAUUAAUUCAAUUUUAAAUUAGAUACACAUGAAAAAUUACAUUACAUUAAGUUUUAUAUUCUUUUUAGUAUGUUAGCCUCAGCAUCUGAUGACUUUCAAGUGAUAUUAUGGGAUCCGUUUUUACAGAAAAUUAGAACUAAAAUUACAACAUUGCACCGUGGAAAUAUAUUUACUGUUAAGGUAAUUAUAUUUGGUAAAUAUUAUGUUAUGAAUUUGGUGUACAGUUUACCUGAUAUACCUAAACAAUUUUAUUUUAUUUUGAAAAUAAUAUAAUAUGUUUUACAUUUUGAUAAGUAUCUACUUUAGUAGUUUUAAUUUAAUUAUUUUAAUCUCUCAAACAAUAGAAAUUAUUUAAUGGCAACAAUAAAUACAACAAUGUAUAUAUUUUAAUGAAACUUGCUGUGAUUGUAGUGUAGACACACUACAUUAUUUUUUUAUAUGGUUCCAUCUACUUUGUCAACCUUAGGUAGAGAUUUUACGUUAAUUCUUAUAGAAGUCCUAAGCCAUCUUUUUUAACCAGAAAAACUUCAUGUCAUGGUAUAUGCUGGUCAUCAAUAUUCAAAAUAGUUAUUGGAAAGAAAAUGUUUUGUGUAUGCUAAUUUGUUAUCAGGGGGAUAAUUGUCCAUCUCUCUCAUCAUUGUAAAUUUCUGUUCACUGUUGUGCCAUGUUAUUUUAUAAACUGUUGUGAUUGUCUUGGAUAGAAAACAAUUUUCCAAUAAUGAUGAGGUAAUCGUGAAAUUGGAGAACUGGAUUAAAUAGGUGCCAGAAGACUUCUAAAAUACAGGAAUAAAAAAAAUCACUGUUGAUAAAAUGUAUUGAAAUUAAUGGUGAUUAUGAAAACACAAAAAAAAUGCAUAGAUUUUUAAAAUUGUAUAACCUUACUUGGUAACCCUCAUAGUUUACUUUAAUUUCCUGUAGUUUCUUAAUUUACAAUAUAAGUUAUUUAUUAGUAUAUAUAUAUACAAUAGAAUCUGCUUAAUGGGGACGCAUUCAACUGUCUCGAUUAAUCAAAACAUUUUUUUAAAAAAAAUAUUAAAGUGCAUAUACAUUUUUGAGCAAAAAAUGUAACUUUCUGCUAUAACAUGGGGUCUGAAAUUCAAACUCCACGCUCAGUAAGAGCAGAGAAGUUUGGAAGUAUCUAUUUUGGGAUCUUUGCCUUCUUGCUUUAUUUUUGUGUUUAUAGGUCCACUUUUGCUGUUGUUUAAUUUUUCCCAUUAUUCAUGAAUAGUUUUUAAAUUUUUUUUUCAAUCAAAUAAUUACUGAUUUAGAUGCGUCUAUUAAUUUCUCUAACUUGCCAACUAUUAUGAGGAUGAGCUUUUGUUUUAUACAGUACAGUCAUUUUUUAAAUCAACGUUAAAUCACUAUGAGACAUUAUUGAUUCAUAAAUUAAGAUUAAUAAAAACAGACUUACUAAGAAUUCAAAAUAGUAGGAGAAAAAGAAAUGAACAAAAUUGAAAUACAUAAAAUAAAAAAUUUAAUAGAUACAUACAGAUUAGAUAAUUACACUUUUGAUAAAAAAGUAUAGACUAGACUAUGUUCCUUAAACCGGUGGUUUGUCCUCAAUAAAUUGUCUAAAAUGAAUACAUUCGUUUGAGACUGCUAAUUUGUUCCCAUUAAGUGGAUUCUACUAUAUAUAAUGUACAUAUAAAAAUCAUACAGUUGUGGUGAGGUGCAAUAUUUUCUGAAAUUACUCAACAGAUUUUGAUAAGAUAAUGCUCAAUGUAUGUGAUUUGAUCCAACUUAAAAGAUAGAAUAGUCUUCAUUUCGAUUAAUGACCUAGAAAUAGAUGAUCGGUUUUUAGGUAUUUAAAACACAAGUUACAAUUUUUCAUUGCAUACUUUUGUAUUACUACAUUUUUCUUUAAUAGGAUAACUAUCAGAUAUUUUUUAUAAGUGAGCGGUAAAGUUUAAAAGAUUGUACACAAUGAUAAAUAAAAACUGAAGUUCAGUUAAACAUAUUUUAAUAAACUUGAAUUAAAUAUUAUAUUAAUUUGUAACACAUUUUUUUGUUUAAGUUUUUUAAUCUCAAUUUUUUGAAAAUUUGUAUGUAGCCCACAAAAUGUGUAUGUUAUGUAUGUUAUAUAGAUAAACAUACAUUUUUAAAUAGUACACAAAAUGAGCACUGCAACAACCACGGAAUAUAGCAGUGCACGACACCUUUGUACUUAAAUUGAAUUUUACAUUUUCAUUAAAAUUUAAACCCUAAAAAUGUAAAAAAAAAAAAACAUGAUCAACUUUUUUCGACACUAAAUGCCAGUAUGUUUUGAAAAAUAUUAGAAACCAUUAUUAUAUAAAUGUUCUCAUUUUCCAAUAUUAAGACGAAAAAAUUACUUUAUAAAAAAAAAUAUAUAUAUAUCAUAAAUAAAAUCAAUAAAUUCCUUACAACGCUUGAAAUCUAAAAUGUAUUUAAUAUUUAUUAUAAAAAAAAACAAGAUACUUAAUUUCUUUUGUAUUUAACUUGUGUUUAAUUUUUAAAAAUGGUGUUUGUUUAUAGUUUAUCCCGGGUCAUAAUGAUGAUGUAGUAGCAACUGGAGCUGGGGAUUGGACUACACAUACAUACGAUGUGACGACAGGCAAACAAUUAAGUGUUUGUAAUUGUCCUAUAGGACGAGUAAAACGGAUUGCAGUGGCAAAUGAUACACCUAAUGUUUACUGGAGUGCAUCAGAAGAUGGAAUUGUUAGGUAUGUACAAUUUAUCUAAUGUCUAAUAGAUGAUUCUUAACCUAUGGUCUGCGACCCAUACUUACAAAAUUGAAAAAAUGAUAAAAGCGAUAAUGGUUGUCAGAAUCAUCUGACCUCACAAAUGACACCCAGUACAAUGUUUAACCCAUUUAUAAAGAUAAAUUUCAUUCAUUUAUAAAUAAUUCGAAAACCUUUAAUUAGUUAAUGAGUUAUCUAAUUACAUCUAAGAAGAUAUCAUUUAAACAUUUUUUUUAAAAGUUAAAAAAAAGGUCAUUAGUAAAUCGAUAUAGUCUGAAACCUGUCGAAAGUUCUCUAAGUGGUCCGUAGUAGCAAAAGGUUGAAAACUACUUGUCUCAUGAAAUUUUUUAUUUAUUUUAAAUUGUAUAUAAUCUUCUAUUCAUUUAUAAUGUAUAUUUGUUUUAUGGUCACACAGACAACAUGAUUUGAGAUUGGGGCAUGAUUGUACUUCCUCUACAACUAAUAUCAUUUUGGUGACUACAAAUAAUACUAAGGGUGACAGGAUUGAAGCUAAAUGUUUAGAUAUAAAUCAACUUAGAACUGAGCAAAUUGCGGUUGGUGCAAGUGAUCCAUAUGUACGAUUGUAUGAUCGCAGGAUGAUUCGUUCAUUGUCAUCUUUCACAAUGAAAUCGCCAGAAAAUAAUACAUGUAACCCAGAGCCUGAAAAAAUUGCUCAAUAUUUUAUACCUGGGCAUAUUCAUUCAGAAGAAAUAUCAAAUGUAUCUAAUAAAAAUAUUGGAGUUACUUAUUUAACUUUUAGUCCCGAUGGACAAGAAUUGUUGGUUAAUUAUGGUGGUGAAUAUGUAUAUCUUUAUGAUAUAUUGAAUCAAGUUGAAAGUGCAUUUUGCAAUAUUCCAAAAGUAAUGAAACUUCCCCGUAAGUUUUAUCUACUAGUUAAAAAUAUCUUACUUAAGUAAAACUAUAAAAUAUAUUAAAAUGCCAAAAAAUAAAAUAAAAUAAAUGUUUUAAGGAGAAAAUGGGGAAGGAUCAUCUACAGAUAUAGAUCCAGUUCCUGUUCCACACGUGACACUACCCGAUGAAGUAGAAAAAUUAAAAUUUCAGGUUAAAAAUAUCAAAUUUUUUUCAUAUAUAUUAUUGAUAUAGUAUAGUAUAUAGUUUUACAAUUUUACAUUAGGAUUAUUUUUGACUCUCUUAUUUUAAGAGAUGGAACCACUGACUACUAUUGAUUUUCAAAUAGCAAUCUAUAUUAAAAGUUAUUAAAAAGAUUUCUGUCAACCUUGACGUUGACGAAAUAUUCUAUUUUUAUGUUUUUUGAGUGAGCGAAGAGAAAGUAGUGGAACACUAUUAACACCAUUUUUAUUAAAAUUAAAAAUGUUAAUACCAAAAUUGGGGUUAACCAAUACUUCAUCUAUAUAUGGAAUUUUCAAUAUAGUUUGCCAUUUCAAAAUCAAAAAUAGAUAGUGGUUUUACCCCCUAAAAUAAGGGUGACAAAAAAAAGAUUAAUUUAAUAUUUUAGAGUUACUCGUUUCUUAAAUGUUCUAAUAAACUAAUUUUGAAAAAUAUUAAUAUUUUCCAAGAUAAUGAGUUUCUUACAUAAUGUUGAUUAUCUUGUGUGUUAAUUUGAUUUUUAUAAUAUAAUUUACAGGCAAAUUAUCUAUUUGAAAAUAAAGACUACACUGCUGCUAUAAACCUCUAUAAUAAAGCUAUUCAUAUUUUCGAGUGCAGUGUCUUAUUUUCAAAUAGAGCUGCAGCUUACAUAAAAAGAAAAUGGCAUGGUGAUUUCUACGCAGCUCUUAUAGACUGUGUGACUGCAUUAAAAUUGGACCCCAAUCACAUGAAAGCUCAUUUCCGUUUGGCCUUAUGUCUGUAUGAAUUAAAAAAGUACAAAGAUUCUAAAAUGUAUUUGGAUCAGUUCACAAUGAAAUAUCCAUCAUACAAAACUAGUGUAGCCUUCAAAAUUCUUCAUGAUGAUUUAUUACUCGUAGAACAGAAAAUUGAAAAGAAAACUCGCGGUAAUCAUAAUAGUUGCAUUUAAACUUUUAGUGGUUUAUAUAAAUUCUUUAGUUUAAAUUUAAAAUAUUUUUAUUUGUUAGAUGUCUGUGAAGAUAAUAGUAAUAGUACUGGAGAUGGCGAUAAAGAUAUUGGACAACUAGGAGAAAAACGAUACCAAAAUAUGUCAGCAGAAUUAUAUUUUCGUAAACAUGUCAAAGAUUACCAUCAUAGAUAUUAUGGUCAUUGUAAUACGUCUACUGAUAUUAAAGAAGCUAAUUUUUUUGGAAGGUAAAUGUUCAAUUUUUCAUAAUACAUAAACAAAUUGAAUAUAUAGUAAAUAUUUAAUUUUAAUCCGGUUGUAUAGCCAAAGUCAAUUCAUAGUAGCUGGUUCAGAUGAUGGCUUUUUUUUUGUAUGGGAUAGGAAUACCGAGAACAAUUUACUUAUAUUGAAAGGAGACACUUCAAUUGUUAAUUGUCUUCAACCACAUCCUUCAGAGUUUAUGUUAGCAACUAGUGGUAUUGAUAACGAAGUAAAAUUAUGGACUCCAUUAUCAGAUGUACAAUUUUUUGUUUUUAAAUAAUACAGUUUUAAUAAAAACAGUUAAAUAAAGUAAUAUAAAAUAAUUUUAUAGGAUGUAGAUAAUACAUUUGCAGUGAAACACUAUAAAACAACAGCUUUGUUAAACCAAAGGCGUAUGAUAGCUGAUCCAUUUGAAAUAAUAAUGCAUAACAUGAGAAGAUCCGUAGAACAAGAUAUUGAUAUGGAGAGAAGACCUGAUGAAGGAGAAAUACCAGAACAGAUAUAUAUGUGUAGGCCCAGUUAAUGUAAGUCUACAUUUGAUUAAUUUAACAAUGAUAUGUAUAAUAUAUUUAUAAAUUAUUAUAUUUAGUAAUAUUAUAAUGUCUAUGAUAAUUUAUCAAUAACAAUUGUUUGUUUUACAGUGUCUAAUUUUAAUACAAUUUCAUCAACUUCUGGUAAACUCAUACCACCAAUCUGAAAUUAAAUAUAUAUUCAAUUAAUGUAAAUAAUAAAUUAUGUUUGUAUGUCAAGUGUUUUUAUAAUGUAUACAAUUUUAUAACAUUAGUGGUAUUCGCCAAUAUACUUUAAUUGAAAUAAAUAGCACUGAAGAAUAGUUUUUUUUUUUUUUUUAAUAUUUUAGUAAUAAUAUUAUGAACUAUUAAUUUUGAAUUGUUUACAUUAUAUUAAUAUAUCCUAAGGUUUAAAGUAAAGCUACAAUCUUGUUAACUUCAUGAUUACAAUUUGUUUUAAUAAGAGUACACUAAUGUUGUUUAUUUUUAUUUUUAAAUUUAUAGCUUAUAAAAAUCACAUUCCAUUCUUAUUAAUUUUAAUUAUUUAACCUUCAAAACAAUAAGAAUUCUUACACCAAUGCUAAGGUAUAUUAUACAUUGAUUUUGAUAUCUUAUUUUAUGUGUAAAAAAUAAAGAAAACGUCUAGGUGUAAUAUUCUUAAAAAUGUAUUUACAUAAAUAUAAUUAACUAUAUAGUUGUGAGUAAAUAUUGAAAUUAAAUAAUGUAUUCUUUCUUUAUAUUCAAUUUCGAAAAAAAAAUUUUUUUUUAAAUAAAUUAAUAAUUUAGUUAGUCUCAAGAUCUAGACUUAAUUUAGGUAUUGUAUUUAUUAAUUUAGUUUAAUUGUAUUAAAUUAAUAUGUAUAUUGUAGUCUAAAAUUGUAGUUGAUUUUAAGUACCAUCUGUUAGCUGUUAACUAAAUACAUACUACAUAUAUUGAAUUAUAGAUUAGUGCUUAACUACUUAUUGCUUUGCACUAUUUGUUUAUGAAUAGUUAGUAUCUAAUAUAUUACAAAAAUGUUAAUAUGUUAUAGACAUUUGCGUGAAACUUCUCAUGUUUAUUUUGGCAACAAAAUCAAGUUUAUAUGACUAACAAAGCCCAAGUACUAUUGGAGGUUAAAAGUACAUUUUUACUUUGUGCAACUAGUAAAGUUAAUUAGUAACAAUGAUAAAAAAUUAAAAACAAAAUAAAUUUGAAAUUUUUUAAAGCCCAUCAUUAAUAUUUUUAUUGUAAAUUUUCUAUCAUAAUUUAUUUCGAUAAAAAUUGUGAAAUAAUUUAUUUUUCUACACUGCAGUAGAGUAUUUAAAAUUGUAAUUCUAGUUUAGUUAAUAAUACUAAUUUUGAUCCAUUUAUGUCUAAUAUUGAUAUAAUAAUAUACAUUUUCUUUCACAAGAUACUUUUGGGAUAAUUAAAUGCUCACAAAAUUGCAAUCAGCUACUUUAUAAAAUAAUUUAAUAUCAAUACAAAUACAAAUAGUACAUUGAACUGUCAGAUUUACAAAUUGUAUAAUUCAAUAUUUAUAUCCUAUCCAAAAUCCUAGUUUACUCAAGGUCUA